UUAAAUAAAAAACAAGCACACGUGACCCGAGAGGCAAAAGUCGGUUAAAUGUGAGCUGUCCACAUAAAUCGCCGAGUGAGCGCAACAUUCCUUUCUCUUGUUGCUAAUCUCGCCAAACUGGACAAGCGAGAGUUGAUAGACUGCCUGAACAGAACAGCGCCAGGAAAAGCCGCGUCGUCACCCUCGCUGGAGGACUGAUCUGCCUGACUCCAGUGAACGUCUACGUCCAUACUUGAAUGUAUCUUGGCGUAACAGUGGUUGUGUAGCAGCUUCUUCAAGAUAUAAAAUCUGCUUUAUGAAGUCCAAGAUUGGCGCCCGAGUCGGCAGCCGUCGUCCUAUCAAGAUGUGGUCCGAAGGAGGCUCUUUCGUCAAGGGGGUGGCCCUGGGAGGAGUCUUCUACCUGUUGCUCUCGCUCCUGGGGAGUUUCAGCCCAAAUGCCAAGUCUGGCUCAGAGGACCUUCACCAACACCACCAUGUCCAGGCGCAGAGUAACGAUAACCUGAAGCAGCUCUCGGAAUCGCAGACGCAGGAGUUAAAAGAUCAAGUCCGCGUCUAUUGCGUCAUCAUGGUCCAGCCAAAGAUUCUGGUCUACUGGGCCGCUGCCGUGGGCACCUGGAGCAAACACUGCGACAAGGCCGUGUUUUACACCUCAGAGUCAUCCAAGGCCCUCGAGGCAGUUGACCUGCAGGAAAGAGAUGGUUGGGCGAGGUUGUGUAAAGCUCUAAAGCAUGCUUAUGAGAACGCCGGGGACCUGCGCUGGUUCUUCGUGGCACAGCCCAUGACCUUUGCCAUCAUCGAAAACCUCAAGUACCUGCUGCUCACCAAGGAUCCCAGUGAGCCCUUCUACAUGGGCAACGCCUUGAAGUCCGGGGAGCUGGAGUAUGUCGCGUACGAGAGCGGCAUCGUCCUCAGCUACGAGGCUCUGAAAAGGUUUGUAGGCGUGCUGGACGACAAGAACAAGUGUCCCAUACGAGUGAACCGCCUGUGGAAGCUUAGCGAAGACAAACAGCUGGCCAUGUGUCUCAAGUACACAGGCGUGUUCGCUGAGAACGGUGAGGACGCGCACGGCAUGGGCCUGUUCAACGGGAAGAGCCUCGAUGCUCUGAUCAAGGAAAGUAUGAAAAACAACCCCAAAAAUGUGGUGGAGGGCUGCUGCUCCGACUUUGCCGUCACAUUCAACGGCAUGACCCCCAACCAGAUGCAGGUGAUGAUGUAUGGUGUAUACCGGCUUCGUCCAUAUGGCCACGAUUUCCACGACUUGCUCAUGUUUGACCCGCCAGAAGGUUCGGACAAUGACUAGGAUCACAGGCUGCACCAGGCCUUUUUGUACGAGCUGCUUGAGUGUGAAGAUGUUUUCCAUUGGGAUGCUCACUGGCGGAAAUCCAGUUUUUACAAGUUUUGUACCUUUUGCACUUUUCACCCUGUUCCUGUGGCGUCGAUUUAAAAAACAAACCAAAAAAAAAAACGUCCGAUGGUCACUAACUGUCCUUUGAAGGCAAAGCUGGGAACUGCGUUAAUGUGAAAUAGGUUCCCGGAAACGUCAGACAGCUUUUUUUUUUUUUUUAAUCAGAUUCUGUCUUUGUGCUGUUCUGAAGCUGCAUUACAUGAACACACUAAAUGCAGACACCUUGCAAAUCCCAUUUCAUGUCUGCUCUAAUUUUACAAUUUAAAGACGGGUAUGCUGGAA